GCUGGGGAGGAGGGAGCGAUCACCAGCAUCCCUCCGUCCUGGCAGCAGGAAGUGAACUGCACUGAAUCUACAGUAACUCUUUGUUACUGUGGGGAGUCCACGCUUCUUGCAAGAUCCUCGAGCCCUGGCUGCAGCCGGGAGAGGGGAAUCUCGAGCAGUACCAUUCCCGCUGCUCCCCAGGAGCCUCUCCCAGGGCAGAGCCCCCAGCCUGGCCAGGACACCCCUUAACGGGAAGAUCCUUGCUCCCAAAGAAGGCACCACUGGGGGGGAAGGCUGCAGAAUAACAACCACGUUUUGCUCCAGAUUAUCCCAUCUUCCUGAGGGACAGGGAAGGGAAAUGGCUGUGUUGGAUCCAGCUCAGAUGUCGGUGACCUUCGAGGAUGUGGCUGUGUACUUCACGGAGGGGCAGGGGACUCUGCUGGACCCCAGUCAGAGAGCCCUCUACAGGGACAUCAUGCAGGAGAAUUAUGAGAUGGUGACCUCAGUGGCAGGACUCCUCAUUCCCAAACCUGACCUGAUUGCCCGGCUGGAAAGAGGGGAAGAGCCAUGGGUCCCAGAUCUCCAGGCCUCUGAGGAAAGGAAGAUCCCAAGAGGCACCCACACAGGUGAUAGGACUAUGCGUGAGAACAGGGAGGAGAAUCCACAACAGGAAAGUAAAGCACUGCUGAAACCACAGGGGAUGCUUUUGAGAAGAGCUAAAGGGAAUUCUUCUCAAUGCUUGGAAAAUGUCAAAACCUGGGGAAAUCAACAUAAAUCAGAGAAGAAGCUGGGAAACCACCUAAGGAAGAAAGUAGAUGAAUCCAUUCAGUAUGGGGUAGGAUGUAACGAUCUCAAGGAAACCAUAGCCCAGCCAAAAACCCACAUGGAAGAGACAACCUACAAGUGCUUGGACUGUGGGAAAAGUUUCAGUCGGAACUAUUCCCUUCUACUACAUCAGAGAAUCCAUUCAGGAGAGAAACCCUAUAAAUGCUUGCAUUGUGGGGAAAGUUUCAGUCGGAACUAUACCCUUAUUCUACAUCAGAGAACCAGUAUGGGAGAAAGAACUCCUAAUCACAUUGAUGGUGGGAAAUGUGUCAAUCAGAAUUCAAACCUUAUUACUCAUCAGAAAAUCCACACAGAGGAGAGACCCCAUAAGUGCUUUGAGUGUGGAAAAUGUUUCACUGAGAAGUCAACCCUUGUUAAACAUCAAAGACUCCACACAGGAGAGAGAGCUCAUAAAUGCUUGCACUGUGGGAAAAGUUUCAGUCGGAACUAUACCCUUAUUAUACAUCAGAGAAUCCAUACGGGAGAAAAACCCCAUAAAUGCUUGCACUGUGGGAAAAGUUUCAGGCGGAACUACACCCUUAUUCUACAUCAGAGAAUUCAUACGGGAGAGAAACCCUAUAAAUGCUUGCACUGUGGGAAAAAUUACAAGCAGAAAUCAAGCCUUUUUUCACAUCAGAAAAUCCACACAGGAGAAAAACCCCAUAAAUGUUUGGACUGUGGGAAAAGCUUCAUUCACAGCUCACAGCUUAUUAGACAUGAGAGACUACACACGGGAGAGAGACCUUAUAAAUGCCUUGAAUGUGGGAAAAACUUCAGUCGGAACCAUACCCUUAUUCUACAUCAAAGAAUCCAUACAAGAGAGAGACCCCAUAAGUGCCUCUACUGUGGGAAGUGUUUCAGUCGGAAUUCAAACCUUGUUACUCAUCAAAGAAUCCACACUGGAGAGAGACCCCAUAAAUGCGUUGUGUGUGGGAAAUGUUUCAAAGACAAGUCAAACCUUAUUACGCAUCAGAGAAUCCAUACUGGGGGGAGACCCCAUGCAUGCUUGGACUGUGGGAAAAGCUACAGUCGGCGGUCACACCUUACUAAACAUCAGAGAAUCCACACAGGAGCGUGCCCCCAUAAAUGCUUGAGCUGUGGGAAAAGUUUCAAUCAGAACUCAAACCUUGUAACACAUCAGAGAAUCCAUAUGGGAGAGAAACCCUAUAAAUGCUUGGACUGCGGGAAAGGCUUCGGUCAGAGCUCACACCUGACUAUGCAUCAGAGAAUCCAUACAGGGUAUAAACCCUAUAAAUGUUCCGACUGUGAGAAAACCUUCAUUCAGAGAUCACAUCUUCUUAGACAUCAGAAAGUCCACAUGGGGAAAGAGACAUCACAAAUGCCCAGACUGUGGAAAAAGGUUUAGGAAGAACUCACACCUUAUCAUGCACCAGAGAAUCCAUGUGGGAGAGACGUCUUGAAUGUGGGUGAUGUUUCAGUUGGGCACAUAUCGUAUCCGGCAUCAGCAAAUCUACACAGGGAAGAGUCCUUUUAAAUGUCCGUAGCAUGGCGAAUGCUGCAAUUAGGAAGCUAAAGCCAUAUUGGACCUCAGACGCCUCCAUACAGGAGAGAAAUGCUGUUUGUGCUCUGACUAGGGCUGGUCACGGUAGUAUAUACAUCUCCAUUUCCUAAUUCCCAUACACAGCAAUGGCAUCUGGCUCCCAGGUACCUAGCUGCCCAUCUCUGGGGGGAGGUUCCAGCAGCAGCUGACCCUGAGGUGAUCAGGGACCCUCUGGCUUUGCCUGCUCUAAGCAAACCCCAGGCGGAGGAGGAGAAGUCCCGAUCAGCCCCUCCGCCCUGCUGCAGCCUUCGGUGCUGAACUGAUGGGCCUUCUUGCUUCUUGCUAAUCUGCUGGGGGAAGGGAGAGAGAAACUCCUCUAGAAGCUCCCGCUGGAGUUUUCCCCCCUCCUCCCUUCCCAUCCAAGAUGGGGUUCCCUUUCCACUGAUAUUAGAGAAGUAUACUUAGGUCAGGCCCCACCUUCACUCCACACACUUGUCCCCAUCCUGCGUCUUCCAUCAGUCCCUGGGCUGGGCUCGGCUCGGCUCCCACACUUAUCUGGAACUGUUCCCUGCAGGAUAAGUGUCCCAGGGUGCUGGGGAUCAGAUGUCAAGUGAUCAGGAGGGGGUUUUGCCAGGGGUCUGGGGGAUUUAAUAUUUUGGGCUGGUGGAGAAGAGAAUCAAAUGGACCUCAGUGCUCAGAUGAUCAAGAUAUUGGUCAUCAUGGAAUGAGAAGAGAGGGAGAGUGCAGGGUUAGGGAGGUCCUACCCUCUAUCAUUCACCUCCUCUGCCCCUUUUCCCUGCCACCUUUACAUUCAGAAGGCAACACUGAGAGGGACUAAUUUCCACAGGGCCUUUUUUGGGGGGCCUAGAAAUUCAACCUCACCAGGAGGCUAAGUUUUUCUAGCCUAUGAAAGUGGUCAGGAGUAGCAACCAGAAUGAUCAUGGCUUGUUUUGUAAAGGACUUGGAGGUCUACUGAUGAAAAGUUCUAUCCAAGCACUACAUAUAAUUUUUUAUUUAUUUUGGGCCAAGCAAAAUGAGACCCGACACUCAACUCCAUGGCUUUUUUUUUUUGUUUGCACGUAAUACAAUGACUUUGAAUGCUGCAACUUAUCAAUUCAGACAUUUCAAACACCUGUGCAAUGCAUGGGGAAAGAUAGGCACCUGAGGAUAGGAGCCACAAAAGUCAGUACCCUAGGUGGGAAGUCACCUAAGCUGGCCAGUGGGACACACCAAUGAGAGAGUUUUAUCCUAAAUCAGUCCCUCUGACAGUUAUGUACCAAAGUCUGGGCUGCUGGGAAUUGCCAAUUUCUGCUUGGGAUGCAGGGCUGGGAACCCUGCUCCUGGACUCAGGCAACUUAUGCUGCAAGCAAUUGGUUUAUCACCAGGACCCUCACCCAAGCAGGCGAGGGUGGAGAGGUCAGAGCGAUUCGCUGGAGUCAUGCAGUCCUGGCAGCAGGACAGGAAUUGCACUCACUGCAGUAACUCUUUUUUGUUGUUGUGGGUGGAAUCCACAUUCCUUGCAAGAUCUCAGAGCCCAGGCUGUAGAUGGGAGAGGUUAGUAACUUCCCAAGGGACCCUCCCACUUCGAAGACCCCAGCCUGCCCAGGACAUCGGUCAAGAUUCCUUCCCCACUCUGAACUCUAGGGUACAGAUGUAGGAAUCUGCAUGAAAGACCCCCUAAGCUUAUUCUUACCAGCUUAGGUUAAAAACUUCCUCAAAGUACAAACUUUGCUUUGUCCUUGAACCCUAUGAUGCCACCACCAAGCGUGUUAAACAAAGAACAGGGAAAGAGCCCACUUGGAGACGUCUUCCCCCCCAAGCCCUACACCCCCUUUCCUGGGGAAGGCUUGAUAAAAAUCCUCACCAAUUUGCAUAGGUGAACAUAGACCCAAACCCUUGGAUCUUAAGAACAAUGAAAAAGCAAUCAGGUUCUUAAAAUAAGUUGUGCUGAAUGGAAUGUAUAUUCCUGUUUUUUUGUAACUUAAGGUUUUGCCUAGAGGGAUUCUCUGUGUUUUGAAUCUGAUUACCCUGUAAGGUAUUUACCAUCCUGAUUUUACAGAGGUGAUUCUUUUACUUUUUCUUUUCUUUUAUCAGCCAUUUAAACAAAACAGAAUCUAACGCAUAUCUAACUAGAUUGCUUAUUAGUCCUUUACAGGAGUUCUGACCUGCAUUCCUGCUCUGGUCCCAGCAAAAGCAUCACAAAGACAGAGCCUUUAUUUCCCCCCACCUCCAGCUUUGAAAGUAUCUUAUCUCCUCAUUGGUCUUUUUGGUCAGGUGCCAGCGAGGUUAUCUUAGCUUCUUAACGCUUUACAGGUGAAAGGUUUUGCCUCUGGCCAGGAGGGAUUUUAUAGUUCUGUAUACAGAAAGGUGGUUACCCUUCCCUUUAUAUUUAUGACACACCCCCCAAAUCACAGAUAGGGUGAAACACUGGCUGUGAUUUCUUCCUGGAGCUCUAGGAGAAAACAGUUAAUAAGACACAUGCCCCUCUAAAUAUACUAUUAACUGUAUAAAGACUAACAAUAUUUUCCACAUCUCAAGGACGAUUUUAACCAGUUGAUUCUGGGAAACUUUCACGGGAGAGUGCAUCAGCCACUUUGUUAGAAGCUCCUGAGAUGUGUUGCAUGUCAAAAUCAAAAUUUUGGAGAGCUAAAUUCCACCGAGUUUUUUGUUAUUUCCCGUGGCGGUAUGAAGCCACUUUAGCACAGCACGGUCGGUUUGCAGGUGGAAACGCUGUCCCCAAACAUAUGGGCAUAGCUUUUCCAGGGCGUAGACAAUGGCGUAACAUUCUUUUUCACUGACUCACCAGUUGCUUUCCCUCUCAGACAGCUUCUUGAUGAGAAACACUACACGGUGGAAUUCUUCAUCCGGUCCUUCCUGCAUUAAAACUGCUCCCACACCAUGCUCGGACGCAUCUGUGGUUACUAGGAACGGUUUGUCAAAGUCUGGGACCCUUAGCACAGGGUCAGACAUGAGUGUCGCUUUAA